CUGUGAUAACAACAUACAGGCGUUGUUGUCCAUGCUGCAGCCCAUCGACACAAUGUCCACGACCACAACUGCAUACACCCCAAGCGGAUCGUACCUAGAAAUAGAUACACCAGGAACAGAGUUCGACUGGAAUGGAUGGGGACAUGGAGAGACUUCCCCUUUCCAGCAGGGCUGUAGGAACACGUUGUCCACGGACGAGAUACCACCAGACCGAUGUGCGCAGGACGCCAGAAUUCCAAAACUACAGUCUCCCAGCCGAAAACCAUCCCAUCUGUCGGUUCAGUGCAAGAUAGAACCACCCUGUCAGCAGUCCUUCCCACUUGCUCCACCAAACACAGCCUACACGCCAUUCUGCCACUCUACGCUGUCGCCAGUAGCUGCAAACUUCGAGCCCAGGGUCAUGCAUGAACCCUCCAACCUAAGGGAAGCAUCUGUGACCCCACCGCAGUUAGACAAGUUGAGCAUCUCGGGCUUUCUUGGGUCGAAGAGCGUGCAAAAAAUGCGGAGGCGCCGAUUCUCGGAUGCAGCCAUCGGGCACCUGUUCGACUCUCUCCUACACGUUCGGCCUCGCAGCGUGGGGGAUAGACAUCACAGUUGGUGUCCGGGGUCGGAAGCAGAACAGAACAAUGAUGAUGAGGGCGGGCCGAAGGACGACGCUUUGGACAGGGCAAGGACGGUGUGAUAGGUGGGUAGGGGCUCCGUUCCCGAACUUGCAGCUGCACGACGUUAAGGUUUCGAUAUGAGAUGUAGGCUGACGGAACAGUGAGAUGCCGGGAGGUUCAAAUUCGGCAUCCAGAUUCGAGUCAAUAUAUGGUUUUCGCGUCGAACUUUGGAAGGCAUCGAGUGGUAUCAUUUCACAUUGAUAUUUAGUGCUCCGAUGGGGAAGGUUACGAGAAUGGCCUUUCACUCUUCGCCAUGGCCAUUGGGAAGUCAUGAUGCAUAUGUUCUCGGAAAAAAGCAUCUUCAUGUAAGGUCUAGGCUUUCGGUUAC